GUACAGGAAGACCAACAAGGAAGAGUAGGAUGCGUGGUGCUGUGACCGUAGGGCUGCGACUGACCGGACAGACGUGUUAGGGGUGUUUUGGGUGUUUCGCACAGGUAUAGGUAAAGGCGCUAUAUGACGGUCAAGUCAGCAGCUCAGGCAGUACUUAGUCCUUCGUCUGCACAGCACUGUGUCUGCUUCCACGUUGUUUGCUUUUUUUAAAAAUUGCUUUAAUCCGUUAAAUAAAAGCAUCCAGAUACUUUGCAGGGAAGAUGAGCGGCGACCGUGGCGCAGGGAAGGGAGCCGUUCCGUGUCACGUAGUGAAGGAGGAGGUUAUAGCAGAGGGAAGGUGGCUCAAGCUGGAAAAAACUACCUAUGUGGACGGCGGUGGGACAACCAGGAUCUGGGAAACCGCAAAGAGGACCACAAGAAAGCGCGACUCCAGCGCUGAUGGCGUGGGAAUCAUAGCCAUCCUGAAAAGGACCCUCCACAUAGACUGCGUGGUGCUGGUGAAGCAGUUUCGGCCGCCGAUGGGCCGUCACACCCUGGAGUUCCCAGCAGGGCUCUUGGACGAGAACGAGAGCAUGGAAGCAGCGGCACUGAGGGAGCUGAAGGAGGAGACAGGGUACAUAGGCGAGGUGGUGGGCAUCACCCCAGUGUCAUGUCUGGAUCCUGGCCUGUCGAACUGCACCACUCAUAUCGUCAUGGUUAACAUCAAUGGCGAUGAUCCUGAGAACCUCAGUCCUACACAGCAGCUGGGUGACGCAGAAUUUGUUGAAGUUGUACUUCUACCUCUCAAUGAGUUCCAGAAGAAAAUCGAUGAACUGCUGCAGAAAGAAGACAUUAUUGUGGACUGCAAGGUGUACAUGUACGCCAUGGGCAUGACACAAGCUGUCGCCAAGCCCAGUGAGCUUCCAGUGCUGAAACAGUGAGGGUGACCCUAGUGGGCUAUAGUCCAAAAUCACCUUUCUGGGGAAACACUUUGAUUAUCGUGGACCUUGAUUUAGGUGCCUUGAGUCUGAGAUCAGACAGACAGUAUUUAGAACUUCCGUAUGUUUGUUUUGUAUCAGAUCGCUGUUUUUAAAUAAAACAACAUGGUAUGUUUCGUAAAUGCCUCCGUUUCACAUGAAUUAAUAAACAUCUGCUCACUGACUUGAUGAGUGAUCUUAAAGAUUCGUGUUGGUUCAUUUUCCCGAAUGGCUGUACUAGUGUUCUGGAUGUCGAACAAGUUUGUUUUCUUCAGGAGUUGUGACACAGGCGAAGGCGAUGAACAGCAGUUAUUAAUUUUUUUUUAUUUCCAACAAGUGAAAUAACAAGACAUUUCUCACCUUCCAUAGCAUCAUAGGCAGGGAUUACAUGGAGAACAGGUCUAGGUCUGAGGACCUGUUUGGCCACGCCCUAAAGCACACUGCAGAGCGACUGUGACUGUGACUGCUGAGCCCCGCAUUGGCUCUACUUUCUGCAUCUGAACAAAGCAGCUUGACUCACUACACACAAUGGAAAGAAUAAUACACUUUGCUUGUGUGCUGAACAACAAAGGAAAAACACUGAAAAUCACUCAAACAGAAACUACGAUAAAAAUCCUGAGGUGCAUAUAUUCAAAGCAUCUUUAAAAUACUAAGGAGUUAACUUUUACUGUAAUUAUCAUGCUAUUUGGGCCUAGUUUGACCUUUGAACAAAGUAAUGCUGUUAAUUUUGCAACCCAUUUUUAAGGCAAAUGAUGCUAAUUUUU